AUGUUACACACUCUAAUUUUGUCUACUUAUGUACCCUACAUCUGGUUCUAUUAUUCGGCCGCCUUUCCAUUAGAGAGUACAGAAUCUCAGUGGACUAAAUCUCUAACUGGACGAGGUAGUAGUCAAAAUGAUUAUCAGGAUCAGUUUAUGAUGGGUAUCAAUCAGUUACAGGCUUGGUAUGAUGAUCAUAAUGGUCUCUGGAAUAAUGCUUGGUGGCAAAGCGCAAAUAUCAUCACAAUGAUGGCCGAUUUUCAGGAGCACUUUCCUUCCAAGAUUGCAUCAAUAACUGAUCAUGUAUUCCCGAACACCCUACAUCAGGCGCCCACUGUCUUUCCCAACUUCAUCAACGAGUACUACGAUGACGAGCUAUGGUGGGCACUGGCCUGGAUUAAGGUGUAUGAUGUCACAUCAAACCCGGUCUACCUUGAUACGGCGGCGGCGAUAUUCGAUGAUACAAAAUUUAUUUGGGGACAGACGCCGUGCGGUGGACUUUGGUGGGAUAAAUACCAUACGGAAAUCAUCGCCGUGGAAAACGAGCUGUAUUUAACCACAGCUGCAAAGUUGGCGAAUCGAAGGCCGUCAAAUCCGUCUCCAUAUUAUUAUUUAAAUGAGGCAACUAAGGCCGCUUUAUGGUUCCGAGAUUCGGGACUUAUAAACGACAAUAACCUCAUAAACGAUGGUCUCAGCCUGGGCACAUGCUAUAAUAAUGGAGACUUUGUAAACUCCUACAACCAGGGAACCAUAUUGUCAGGUCUUCUCGAGUUGACGCGGGCUACGCAAGACCGUCAGUAUGCUAACCUUGCUCACACGCUAGCGGAGGCAUCAACAUCCGCUUUGACCGACUCGGAAGGUAUUCUCCAUGAGCCAUGUGAGCCGAAUGCCUGUAAUAGUGAUGAAGAACAGUUCAAGGGCAUAUUUGUCCGCAACGUUCAGUUCCUCUACAGUCAUGAUUCUGACCUCCCACUGGCCAUGGCCGCACUCUGCAAAAGGUUUAUUCAGACCGAUGUAGACUCUAUCUGGACUAGAGACAAUGCAAACGGGCGAUUUGGACUAGUUUGGAGUGGGCCAAGUAGUGAAGCGACCGUGCAAUCACAAAGCUCGGCAUUAGAUGCAAUUGUUAGCGCGGCUAACGUGUCGUAA